UGAAAGCUAUUACAUUUAUUUUUAAUAUGUACUCAUAAUAAAAAUUUUAUUAAAUAAAUUCUGUGAUAAAAAAUUUAAACUAUAAUAUUGCCUAUUGUUGUGCUGUAGGAUAAUACUCUUAGUCAGUCGCAAAAUGUUGGAUUGUUGCGGAAAUCAUUUGACAACGUACAAGUUUGACUAUAAAACCAGGAAGUCAAAUAAUUAUGCUAAUAGAGCCACGAAAAUUGAGCAACCGGAUGAACCGCUUAUAAGCAAUUACUAUUGGUUUCCCUUACAAGCGAAUGGCAUCCAAGCGAAGAGCAAAGUAUGGCCUAAAACUACGGUUGGCAUGGAAGAAUAUAAAGAUUUUGUAAAACGUUUGGAGAAUUGUAAGAAACAAUUAUUUAAUAUGUUUUUUCGAUGUCCCGAUGUCAACACCAAAUUGGUUGAAAAAAUGCUAAGGGACUUAGAAAAGAGUACCUAUAUGGUAACCUAUUCACCAAAUUAUUUUUAUUCCAAAAAGGAGUCUCGACGUUUUUUAAAAACAGCACACGAAAAGAGUAACUUGAAAUAUUACGAAACCACGUACGGAACAUACUACAAUCGCGUAAAAGAACUAGAACGAUUUAAAGAUGUUCUGUAUGGUAUGAUGCCAAAACACGAAAGGGAUAAAUUUCAUGAUGAAAUAAAUAAAUUGUAUAUAACAGGAGUAACUACUUAUCAAGUUAGCUACAAUAUUCCAGCAAUUGAACAAGCAAAAAAGAAGCAAACCAGGGACGCGCCAAUUGAUAGAUAUAGUUUGCGUCGAGUAUAGUCAAUGUGUAUAUAUAAAAUUCCUGUAAGUUGGUACGUUGCAAAACUCUUGUAAAAAAUUCUAUACUUACGUAUUUUCCCAUUCAUGAAAUAAUGGUAGAAUUUUUGAUGUAGAUGCUACAGGUACAAAUAUCAUUGCAUAUUUCAUAAAUACUGUUGUGUCCUGUUAAACGAAAUAAAAAUAUAGAUACAUGUUUUUAAGGUAAUAAA